CUGCACUUUCCCACAAAACAGCUGAUUGUCAGAGAGAACGGUUUCAAACGUUUCCGCGGGUUUUUCGAUACCUGGGAUUAUUUACUAUCAAAUGAUGGCAGACAUGAUUGGACGCUCUGAAAUAACUUGCAUACUUCAGGAAAGCAAAAAGGACGAAGAAGAUACAACGAAAUCCCUAAAUGGUGACCAAAGGAAGCUGGACGCUAGUGAAGCAGAGGCGGUAGACAGUGAGUAUGAACCGAUUCCAAAGAAGAACUACGAACCCGCCGGAAUAAUUGCACCUCAUGGUAGCCCAAAGAAGCGUUUGAAUAUUCCGGAUCCGAAACGGGACAACGUCGGUAAGGACAAAACUUUAUAUAAAUAUGGAAACUACAGUCGGUAUUAUGGAUAUAGGAACACUAAAGAUUUCCAUGAUGUCCGGCUGAAUGUUUUCGCUCAGCACAAGGAUUUGUUUGUUGGUAUGGAAAUCCUUGACAUAGGCUGCAACGUCGGUUUGCUCACUAUGUCCAUUGCGAAGGAAUACUCUAUAAGUCACAUAACUGGUUUGGACAUAGAUAAGUCACUCAUAAAUCAGGCUAAGAAGUUCAUUCAGCGGCAAAGGAGGAAUUUCACUGGAAUAGAAAGGUCUGGUUAUCCAUUCAAUGUAACAUUUCUGCACGGAAACUACGUAGUCAGAAAUGCUGUACUGCUUGAAGUAAAGGAACGUCAACACUUUGAUUUAAUCCUAUGUUUAUCUGUUACAAAAUGGAUUCACUUGAAUUUCGGCGAUGAUGGUGUGAAGCUCGCUUUCAAACGAAUGUUUAAACAACUGAAAACAGGUGGGAAGCUGAUUCUAGAACCGCAGCCAUGGAACAGUUACAAAAGGCGGAAGAAGCUGACUCCUGAAAUUGCCGAGAACUUCAACGCAGUAAGAUUUUACCCUAAAGAUUUCACCGAAUAUUUGCUCAGUGAUGCAGUGGGAUUCAGUAGAAUGUACGAAUUGGAAAAGCCGACACAUGAUGUGAAAGGGUUCCAACGACCCUUACAAGUUUUUGUAAAAGAUGGAUGAAAAUAUGGUUCUUAUCCGAA